AUGCUGCUCACCCAGACCGCCCGCCUGGCUGGCUCGCGCACGCUCAUGCUUUCGCGGGCAGCAUCAACCACCGCAUCGCGCCCUGUCUCGCUCAUCACGCCGGCCGAACUACACAAGCUCCUCUCAUCGAAGAACGCGGAGGAGCUCCCCUGCGUCCUCGAUGCGAGCUGGCACAUGCCUGGGUCGGGAAGGCAGCCCUUCCAGGAGUACAGGAAGAAGCGCAUCGAAGGCGCGGCGUUUUGGGAUGUUGACCAAAUUGCGUCCAAGUCGGACGUCGGAGUUCCGCACAACAUGCCCUCGGUCUCGCAGUUUGAGGACGCCUGCUCGCGACUCGGGAUCAAGAGGGAUUCGCAUGUCGUCGUGUACGACACCGUCGGCGUCUUUAGCUCUCCUCGAACAGCCUUCACCUUCAAGCACUUCAACCACCCUCAAGUCUCCGUUCUUGACGGCGGUCUCCCUCGCUGGAUCGCCGAGGGCUAUCCCAUUGACGAGAACCGGCCUACGAACCCGAACCCGCAUGCAGUCGAGGAAGGCGGCCGGCUCCUCUACGGACCCAUCUUCUCCGAACUCCUCUACGCCCACAAGCCUCGAGUCGAGUCGUACUUCAUCGCCGACAUCGAGGAGAACUUCUCUGAAUACAAGGUAGACGGUGGCGAGAAGAGCGAUGUGCGGCAGUGGAAGGACAUGACGAAGAACAUCAAGAAAGGCGAAAAGGGCGACGUUGUUGUCGACGCACGGGCAGCAGGGCGCUUCCACGGCACCGACCCUGAGCCCCGAGAAGGCCUCUCCUCCGGCCACAUGCCUCAUUCGAUCUCCCUCCCCUUCCAGUCUGUCCUCUCGCCCGAAUCGUCGACUUCACCGCCUUACCGCACCGUUCUCAAGCCUGAAGAGCUCGAGAAGGUGUUCGUCGACGCGCUCGGCAAGGAGAAGUGGGAGAAAGUCAAGCAGGGCGAGAAGAGCGUUACCGCGUCGUGCGGAAGCGGGAUGACCGCGGCUGUGCUCUGGCUUGCGCUCCAGCGCGCAGGUGUGACCGACAACACGGCCAUCUACGACGAGCAAGAUUGUCAAGUCCUGAACGCUGUCCUUACCGCCUCUCGAGCUUGUACAACGACGCAUCUGCAACGCUAG